GCUGCUGCGGAGCAGGCAAUCGUAGGUUUGGUAUGGGAAAUUUGGAAUAGAUAGCCACGCCACGCUGAAAAAGAAAAAAGAUAAACACGCCACGCCACGCCACGCCACGCCACGCCACGCCACUAUUAUUGAAUCUUUAAUUAAUUUUAAUGACACGACAUUUGACCCAAAAUAACAUAAAGUGGAAGCGAAUUCUCACAGUUUGAUGAAAUGGCCAGUGGAAGGAUGCUCUUCGCAUUCAGAAACCUCUCCAUUACUGCACGUAUAACCCCAUAUCGACCUCUUAGUACAUUGGUAUUAGCUGAGCAUGAAGGAGGAUCAAUCAAAAUCUCAUCAUUAAGUGCUGUGGAGGCUGCAAAAUCUUUAGGCGGGGACAAUUCUGUAUCGUUGCUACUUGCUGGAUCCGGUCAAUCCCUUAAGGAAGCUGCGGCACAUGCUGCUUCAUCCCACCCUUCAAUUUCUCAGGUCCUUAUUGCUGAUUCUGACAAAUUUACUUAUCCUUUGGCUGAACCAUGGGCCAAAUUAGUCCAUCUGGUUCAGCAGAGAGGUGGCUACUCACACAUAAUGGCUGCAUCAGGUUCAUUUGGGAAAAAUGUAUUACCGCGUGCAGCAGCCCUUCUGGACAUUUCUCCAAUUACUGAUGUCACUAAGAUAUCUGGAUCAAACCUCUUUAUUAGGCCAAUAUAUGCAGGAAAUGCUCUUUCUACAGUUCGUUACACAGGUUCCAGCCCAUGUAUGUUGAGCAUUAGAGCUACAUCUUUUCCCGUUGCUUCAUUACCAGCUGAUUCGAAAUCUGAUGCCGCCUCAAUAGAUCAAGUUGAUCUUUCAACCUUGGAUGAAGAUGAUUCAGUUGGUAAAUCAAGAUAUAUAAAGCUUUCCUCCCAAAAUGUGGAACGCCCGGAUCUUGGAAAUGCACGUAUUGUAGUUACCGGGGGACGAGGUGUAAAGAGUGCUGAGAACUUCAAAAUGAUAGAUAAGCUCGCGGAAAAAAUAGGUGCUGCAGUUGGUGCCACUCGUGCUGCAGUUGAUGCUGGAUUUGUUCCCAAUGACCUCCAGGUUGGCCAGACUGGAAAAAUUGUUGCCCCAGAAUUGUAUAUGGCUUUUGGGGUUUCUGGGGCGAUUCAACACAUAGCAGGCAUGAGAGAUUCCAAGGUCAUUGUUGCUGUGAAUAAAGAUGCGGAUGCACCCAUAUUCCAGGUUAGGGUCAAUCUUUUUGUUUUUUCUCUCCAAAAUGAAUUCAUGCUCAAACAAACUAUGCUUUUCUCACACUAUGUUAUUCCACGAGACAGGGAGAAGGGUAAAGGAGAGAUUAACCCAUUGUCUUACUACCUUUGAUGGAGUAUUGGUUUA